GAAGCGCAAACCUGUAAGGAAAGGCCUUUGGAAGUACAAAAUGGUUUUUUGCACAGUAAAGCUGCUUGUCAACGGACUCGCAGUAACUCAACCAGUGUAAAUCCGUACUGGACGGGGGAGAUGGACUGCACGGCGCCCCGGAGAGCCGUGCCCUUCAGAGACCGGCAGCCUCACGCUCUCCACACCAGCCGCAAAUCUCUUUCCCAGCAGCUGGACUGCUCUGGAGGGAGAACGCUGGCAAUUUCAAGGCCAUCUAGAUCACUAAGUACAGCACAGCUGGUGCAUACAUCCUGUGGCUCACAGGCUUCAGUAAUCUCAAACAUCGUAUUGAUGAAAGGACAAGGGAAGGGUUUGGGCUUCAGUAUUGUUGGAGGGAAAGACAGCAUUUAUGGACCAAUAGGCAUCUAUGUCAAAACCAUCUUUCCGGGUGGAGCUGCUGCUGCUGAUGGAAGGCUACAAGAAGGUGAUGAAAUUCUGGAACUGAAUGGAGAAUCCAUGCAUGGAUUAACACAUUAUGAUGCUUUACAAAAAUUCAAGGCCAAAAAGGGACUUCUGACACUUACAGUCAGGACAAGCUUCAGCACCCCUCAUUCUGCUUCCAGCUGUCUGUCACCCCACUUGUGUCAGUCACUGAGCUCUAGUACAUGCAUAACCAAAGAAAACAGCUCUUUCAGCUCAGAAAGUGCAACAUUCUCAUUAAAUGCUACAAAGCCCAAUGACAGGGUCAUAAUGGAAGUUACCCUAAACAAAGAGCCGGGUGUUGGCCUUGGAAUUGGGUUAUGUAGCAUCCCUUGCUUUCAGUGUAUUUCAGGGAUUUUUAUUCACACCCUCUCACCAGGCUCGGUGGCACAUAUGGAUGGGAGACUCAGGUGUGGAGAUGAAAUUAUUGAAAUUAAUGAAACUUCAGUACAGAAUAUGACUCUUAAUGAAGUUUAUGCUGUGCUAAGCCAUUGUGAUCCUGGGGCAGUGCAGAUUAUUAUUAGCAGACACCCUGAACCACAGGUGUCUGAGCAACAGCUUAAAGAAGCUGUUGCACAAGCUGUGGAAAACAACAGAUUUGGAAAGGACAGACACCAAUGGAGUACUGAAGGUGUUAAAAAACUAGAAAUGAGCUGGCAUGGAAGACACCCAUGUGAAAAACAUAUCGAAAGGAAUGCUGCUCAUUGCAACCGCAGGACACAGAAGCUAAUGACCCGCUCCAGCAGUGACAGCAGCUACAACCCUAGGUCCUCGUGUGGUAAUGGUGCUGCAUACCAACUGACUGACUUGAAAGCAAGAGUCCAUAGCAUUGAUGUACCAAUUACCAGACAGCCUGGCCUGCUGCCCUCCUUCUCUGGUAACAAUUCAGAGAGAAAUUCCCCUCCUACCUGUAGUGAGGGAGGUCGACCCUUGCAAAACACUAAGAAAUCAUCAGAGAUCCUUGUUAGAAAACCUAAAUCAUCAAAGCCCAAACCUCCACCAAGGAAAUAUUUUAAGCAGGACUGUACAUGUAACGACCAGUGUAACGCAGACAGAAAAGAAAAGCUUGUGUCCGAAGUAGCUGUAUCACCAUCUGUAAGCAUUCAGCAAAAAGAGGGUCAUCAAACUGAUAUAACCCACAGUGCCCUUACCGCUUCUCCUACAGCACAUGAGACUGAACACAUAACUGCUGUUCCAGUGGGCAGAGAUCAAGAAAGAAAAGCAAACUUAGGGAAUCUGCUUUCAUCAAUACAAAGGCCUAUACUUAAAAGACAAGCACGGGUAGAUUAUAGUCUUGAUACAACAACAGAAGACCCUUGGGUUAAAAUUUCUGACUGCAUAAAAAGCUUAUUUAAUCCUACCAUGAGUGAAGACAACAUCCACUUAGAUUUGCAACCUGGCAUCGACACAAACAAAGAGAAUCAAAAUCGAAGCAGCUCAGAGACUGUUCUGAAGAAAUCAGAAUCAGAAAUAGCUGGUUCAAAAGUGCUAAAAUCAGAUGAAAAUGACACCGUGAAAAAGGGUCCUCCUGUUGCACCUAAGCCAGCCUGGUUUCGCCAAAGUCUGAAAGGACUGAGGAAAGCAAAUUCAGAUCUAAAACCACAGGCAGAUCAAAGUCCUCCUGACUGUAAGAGUAUUUCCAGCAAAGAACUGCAAUCCAGUUUAUCCCAUGUCUCUCCUAGGGGAUCAUCAAUAAAACAAAGAAUAAGCUCAUUUGAAUCCUUGAGUGCUCCGCAGUCACCUGAAAAAGUACACCGAAGGUUUAGCCUGAAACCAUCAGUCCAGAAAGAACACUCUCCCACUGCAUCGGGGUCAGAAGUGGCUCCAGCCCAUUUAAACAAAGCCUUUCUCCAACAUUGUGAAACUGGCCAACAACAGUCCAAGUCACCUGUGGUCAUGGGUACAAAGAGCCUAGAGAGAUCUUCCUCUCCCAGGGAGGUCCUUGUGGCCAGCUCAGAAAAAUGCAACAAUACCAACACUGAAAAUUCCUUGGGUCUCUUAACUGCAGAAGCCUUUACAACUUCCCAUCUUGUAUCAGUAGCAAAAGCACACAGCCUAAGAUCACGGAGCUUCCCACUUACAGCUACCCAGUCUUGUGAGAUAAUGAAGCCGUAUGAUGAAAAGUGUAGCAAAAUAUAUUCCAUCAGCAGCCAGGUGUCAUCUGCUUUAAUGAAAUCUUUGCUUUGCCUUCCUCAGUCUCCAGUCUCUUCUGGAAACAGUGCAUGGGAAACUCUGGACACGUUGUCUCAGUCCUCUGUGGAGGAGGAUGGGACUUCUUCCUCACCUGCAAGUGAGAAUCAUCACCUGGACACUGGGUUUUCACUAAACCUCUCAGAAUUGAGAGAAUACACUGCGAGCCUAGCAGACAAUGAGAAAGAGGAAGAGAAACAUGAACACGGCUCACCUCAAGCAUCCGGUGUGUCAGGGCAGUCCGUCAUCUCUCUGCUUUCCCCUGAAGAGUUAGCAAAGCUUAUAGAGGAAGUCAAAUCGCUAGAUGAAGCAACCUUAAAGGAGUUUGAUGAUAUUCAUGUCACAAUUUUGCAUAAAGAAGAAGAUACUGGGCUUGGAUUCAGCCUGGCAGGAGGCACUGAUCUAGAAAACAAAGUGAUAACAGUUCACAAAGUGUUUCCCAAUGGACUUGCAUCUCAGGAAGGAACUAUUCAGAAAGGAGAUGAAGUACUAUCCAUUAAUGGAAAGUCUCUGAAAGGUGCAACUCACAAUGAUGCCUCAGCAAUCAUGCGACAGGCGAGACAACCCAGACAAGCUGUUGUUGUCACUAGAAAAGCUAAAGAUGGAGAAAAAAAUCUUAAUGUUUCAAUCAACUCUAGUACAUCUUCAGUAGCAAGUGAUGCUUCACAAGUGUCUGCAACUGAAGAUACAAUCUGCACUGUAACUCUAGAAAAAACACCUGCUGGUUUAGGAUUCAGUCUGGAAGGAGGGAAGGGAUCUAUUCAUGGAGACAAACCCAUCACCAUCAACAGGAUAUUUAAAGGGACUGCAUUAGAACAAAGCAGCCCUGUUCAGCCUGGUGAUGAGCUAUUACAAGUGCACACAGCUGCCCUGCAAGGACUCACUCGUUUUGAAGCAUGGAAUAUAAUCAAGGCAUUACCUGAUGGGCCCAUCACAGCUAUCAUCAAGAAGAAGAAUCCAAGCUCUGUUACCACCAAGUCAUCUGAAACUUUGUAAGAGGAGGAAUUAGACUACUGCCAAUAUUACAAACAAAAAAAGAUUUCAUUACUUGCAGCCAUUUGGCUAGCACAGCAAGAUACUCUGAAAGCACAGAUGAAAAGUACACACAAUCGUACUGCCAGUUACAGAGCAAGACGUCUGGGAUAAAAUAAGAUGUGCACAGAAUGUGCAUGGUUCUUAUUUCAACGUUCAGAAACAGAUGUUCCAAAGUGCAGAAAUAUAAAACAAUGACUAUUAAAAAUAUACUGAUUGUAA